AUGACACCUACAACUCUUUUUCCAUAUGCACUUUUUCUUGGGAUUGGACUCCAAUGUGUCCAGAUGAGAUUAUACACAAACCAUUGGGCUGUUAAAAUUACAGGAGGUCCGGAUCUUGCUGAUGUUAUUUCAGAAAAAUAUGGAUUUGUGAAUAUGGGCCAGAUUGGUGGACUGGUGGACCACUACCAGUUCUUGCACACUGGAACAAUGAAACGAUCCACUAUUGAAAGCAGAAGAAACCACAGUCUUAUUUCCAUGGAGACCAAGGUGGAGUGGAUCCAACAACAGAUGGUUCAGAAGAGAAUAAAAAGGACAGACACAAUGGAACAAACACACACCAUCGGCUUCAAUGACCCCAAAUGGGACAGCAUGUGGUAUAUUCACUGUGAUCAGAACUGCCUGACUGACAUGAACAUCAAGGCAGCAUGGCGCAGAGGUUAUACUGGGAAAGGGGUUGUGGUCUCCAUUCUGGAUGAUGGUAUAGAAAGACAGCACCCAGACCUGAAACAGAACUAUGAUGCACGAGCCAGCUACGAUGUUAAUGGCAAUGAUCCUGAUCCAACACCCAGAUAUGAUGCCACCAAUGAAAAUAAGCAUGGGACGAGAUGUGCUGGUGUGGUGGCUGCUUCUGCAAACAAUUCCCUCUGUGUAGUCGGAAUUGCCUACAAUGCAAAAAUUGGUGGUGUACGCAUGUUGGAUGGUGAUAUGACUGACAUAGUGGAAGCUCAAGCCCUGAGUCUGAGGCAGCAGUAUAUUGACAUCUACAGCUCUAGCUGGGGCCCAGAUGAUGAUGGCAGGACAGUGGAUGGCCCCGGUUCCCUUGCCCGAAUGGCUCUGGAGAGUGGGAUCCGCAAAGGCAGAAAGGGGCGUGGCUCCAUCUUUGUUUGGGCUUCAGGUAAUGGAGGCCAAAGUCAAGACCACUGCUCAUGUGACGGUUACACCACCAGCAUUUACACCAUUUCUGUGAGCAGCACCACCCAGAGCGGACGAAAGCCGUGGUACCUGGAGGAGUGCGCCUCCACUCUCGCCACAACCUACAGCAGCGGGGACAGCCAUAGCCUGGGCAUUAUAACAACCGAUUUGAGGCAGCGAUGUACAGACGAGCACUCUGGCACUUCAGCGUCGGCCCCUAUGGCCGCAGGAAUCAUUGCUCUAACACUUGAAGCAAACCCAUCUUUGACCUGGAGGGACGUUCAGCACAUCAUAGUGAAAACAUCUCGCCGUGGUCAUCUGAGCGCAUCAGACUGGCAGAGCAAUGGAGCUGGAUAUGAUGUUAGUCACCUUUACGGGUUUGGGUUGAUGGAUGCUGAAGCCAUGGUGAAAGAGGCAGAGACCUGGAAGCAGGUGCCUCCUCAACACAAGUGUGAGGAGAACACGGUCCAUAACGCCAGAGUCAUAAGUCCAGAGAUGGUGUUGAGAUCCGUGUAUAAGUCCACAGGCUGCUCCGCUCAGCGUCUGCAGCGUGUGGUCUAUCUGGAGCACGUUGUUGUAAGGAUCACAGUCGCACAUCCUCACCGUGGAGACCUGUCAAUCACACUUACAUCACCAGCCGGGACCCGCUCUCAGCUUCUCGCAAAUAGACCAAAUGAUCACUCCACUGAAGGGUUUAUUAAGUGGAAAUUCAUGACAACUCACUGCUGGGGGGAAAGACCAACAGGAGACUGGACUUUGGACAUCAGAGACACCCCCUCUCCAAGGAGAAACAGCCGAUUCCAAGGGAAACUGAUAGAGUGGUCUCUGGUGCUUUAUGGAACGUCCACACAUCCAUACACUCGACAUGAACAGCCUCGGUCUGCCCAGCUGCUGGCAGAAGAUGACACCACAGAGGAAUAUAAUGGUUCAUGUGACCCAGAAUGUAGUGAGGAUGGAUGUGAAGGACCUGGACCACACCAAUGUGUUUCCUGUUUGCACUUUUUCCUAAAGUUCAAAAACAAUACACGCACCUGUGUGCUUGACUGUCCGGUGGGGUACUGGGGUGAUAGGAAGAGGUGUAAAAAGUGCUAUUCCUCCUGUAUGACAUGUCUGGGUAGCCGCAGUGAUCAGUGCACGAUCUGUAAGCCUGGGUAUCAUCUGGAUGAAGAAAAGAACACCUGCGUGACCAGCUGUGUGCAUGGCUACUACCUCAACUAUGAGGACAACGUGUGCAGGAAGUGCAGUGAGAAAUGCAUGAAAUGCACCUCAGCCUCCAUUUGCACAGAGUGCUCUGAGGGCACCAGUUUGAUGGGUAACCGAUGUCAGAAGAGUUGUGAGGUGGGUCAAUACUACAGUGAGCUGAAGAACUCAUGUGAGCCCUGCCAUCCAGCCUGUGCUACAUGUGCAGCUGCAGGUCUAGAGUCAUGUAAUCGAUGCGCUGAAGGCUACCUGAUGGAGAACUGGAGAUGUGUGGCCACCUGAAGUGAAGGUUUCUAUCCUGUACAGCUGAACGCAGACAGCACAGAGACUCAGAGCACAUGCAAAAGGUGUGACGCAAGCUGUCUAGCAUGUGUUGGGCCAGGUAAAGGGAACUGUAGCAAAUGUGCGGAUGGACACACACUACAGGAUGGACAGUGUGUUUUCAGCCACAACUGUGAUGAUGGUGAAUAUCAGGCUGAGAGUGGAGAGUGCCAUGCAUGUGAUGUGGCCUGUUCUAGAUGUAAAAGUCCAAAGAGUGAUGAAUGUCUGAGCUGCACCAACAUACGUUUGUUGGAUGAGGGCCGUUGUGUGGUCAGUUGCUCAGAUGGGAAGUAUCCAUCCAGUGGACAGUGUCAUCUGUGUGAUCACACCUGUGCCCAGUGUGUAGAUGCUGGACCUUCUAACUGUACCAGCUGUGAUACAGAUAAGUUUGGGAUGGACCGUUACCUGUAUGGUGGUGAAUGUGUGGAUGCGUGUCCUCAGGCUUAUUUCCACACAGCACUGAAGGCAUGUGAGCCGUGUCCUUCACACUGCAAAGUCUGUUCAUCAGCCACACACUGCAUCAAGUGUGAGGACUCCUUCUACCUCAAUGAUGGCGUGUGUAAUGCGCUACAGUGUGGAGAAGGGGAGGUAGAAGAUCCAGAAUAUGAUGUCUGCAUGUCAUGUGAAGAGGGGUGUAAGAAAUGCGUUCUUUACAAUCCCAAGAACUGUUUGUCCUGCAUUGAUGGAUAUUACAAGUUUGAGGAGGGCUGCUAUAAACACUGUCCUGCUAAGACAUACACAGUGGAGGAGACCAUGAGCUGCGUGGCGUGUGAUCAUGACUGUGUCAGCUGUGAUGAAGAGGAGUGCUACUGGUGUGAAGCUGACUUGUUCCAGUCGGAUGGGAAGUGUGUGCGAGAAUGUCCCGAUGGUUUCUAUGGUGAUGAGGAAUCUCAGGAGUGUGAAGAUUGUCACACAGACUGCAGGACAUGCAGUGGACAAGAGGACAGCGACUGUGACUCCUGCAGUGAUGGACUGACACUUGAAAAUGGAGCUUGUGUGCCUGAACAGGAUACUUGUCUUUCCCAGACAUACCUCACUGAUGAUGGGGAAUGUGAUGCCUGUCACUCUUCAUGUGAGUCCUGCUGGGGAAGAACAAGGAAUCAAUGCAACACAUGUUUCAAAGGUCGGUUUCUGAAUGCAGAUCAGAUGUGUGUGGCGCGAUGUCCCGCGGGCAGCUUUGGCAGUAAGGAGACCGGCCAUUGUGAGACAUGUCCACAAGGUUGUGCCCAGUGCCAGGAUGAGCAGCACUGCACACGUUGCCAGUCGGCACGUAAAAGCCCUCUUUAUUUGCAGGCCGGCCAAUGUGUUGGCAAGUGUACUAGAGGAUCUCCAGUGGGGCAGGUGUGUAAGAACUGUGCUCCUGGUUGUUCAUCGUGUGAGAAGAAUGCAACAUACUGCCUGAGCUGUGAGGAGACAUUUCUGCUCCACAAACAUGAGUGUUUGGUGAACUGUCCGUCUGGACAUGCUGCAAGAGAUGGGGAGUGUGUGAAGUGUCCUGAAAACUGUGUGCUCUGCUCUAAAGAAAAUCUAUGCACAGAUUGUCAGGACAAGUUCUUCCUGCAUGCGGGUCUGUGUGUAAUGGUGUGUCCUGAUGGGUUUUUUGAGGACACAGAUCGCAGUAUUUGUAAGCGUUGUAACUCAGACUGUGAAUUAUGUGAUGGACCGGAAGCAAACAACUGUGAUUCCUGCUCUGAUCCUGACAGCAUGCUGCACAACGGAGCAUGUUUAGCCCCCUGUCCCACACAUACUUACAGGGAGAGCAGAUCUGGAGAGUGUACGGCAUGUGACAGCUCCUGCCUGACCUGUUCUGGCCCUCACGAUACGUCCUGCAUGAGCUGCUCUGAGGGGCUGGCGAUGGAUGCUCACAGUCGCUGUGUUACACCCACCACCUGCCCAUCACACCAUUACAGCAACCAGGACGGAGAAUGUCACCUGUGUCACAAAUAUUGCCACGAGUGCUCCGGGCCGCACCCGAACCAAUGUCUCAGCUGCAACCAGAAACACUUUCUUCUCAACAGCAGCUGUGUGGAGACGUGUCCAGAAGGUUUCUUCAGUGGAGAAACCCAGCGUUGUGAACACUGUCAACCCAACUGUUUGAGCUGCAUGGGACGACACAGCCAUGAAUGUCUUAGCUGCAGAGAACACCUCUACAGAGAUGCCAAAGAAUGUGUGGACACAUGUCGCUCUGGGCACUAUUCUGCGGCUGGCUCCAGGACAUGCGAGAGAUGUGAUGAGAGCUGUGGCGAGUGUACGCAGGCUGGAGCCGAGGGCUGCGUGCGCUGCAGAGAGGGAAUGAUAUUUGUCAGGAAACAGGGCCGCUGUGUGUUUUCCUGUCCUGAAGCGCACUACCACGACAAACACCACAAAACCUGUGAACCCUGCCACACCAGCUGUAAAACAUGUGCAGGCAGAGGACCUGAGGAGUGUGAUUCAUGUCGCCCAGGAUAUACACUGUCACAGGGUCUAUGUGAGUCACCUUGCAUCAUAGGAGCAUAUGCCGUGUCUGAGGAGCAGGCCUAUAACUGUGAGCCAUGUGAUGUGUCCUGUUUGGAAUGCAAAGGCCCUGGACCGCAUAACUGCACCAUGUGCCUAGAACAGUUCAUCCUGACAGCAGGGGGGCGCUGUUUGCCGUGUUGCAAAAUAACAGAACAGGAAGAUGCUGCUGAUGUUCAGCAGGAGUGCUGUAAUUGCACUGAGACCAGAGGCGAGUGUCUCCUCAGCACAAACUUUGCCUUCCGUAACCAUGAGGAAGAGGAAUUCACAGGAAACCUACCUCUCUUCAUCACCACCUCAAUCCUGCUUGUCCUCGCCUUAAUUGCUACAGUCAUCCUCAUUAAGCGCUCCCUUUCCAAACGCUCCUUGCCGGACACCCCUGUCCCCCGUGGGUAUGAGAAACUGGGCCACGGGGGCGGCAGAGAGAGCUUCCACCAAGGUACAACAUCAUCCACUUCCACCCACGGUGGUCACUCCAGCUCCAGUUCGGGACGCUUCCAAGAGGCGCAGCUGGUGGACUUUGGCGAUCUUAAGGGAAAUCACCAUGACGAUGAUGAGGAUGACGAAGAUGAAGAUAUUGUGUACAUGGGGCAAGACGGCACAGUGUAUCGUAAAUUCAGAUAUGGGCAACUGGGAGACGAGCCAGAAGAUGAGUUAGAAUACGAUGACGAGAGCUAUAACUUCCGAUAACACAGUGAAAUGAAAAAUAAUACAGUUGUCCAGUAGAAGGGUAAGUGUUCAAGACAGCAUUGUUAUAUAAUUAAUUGGUCAUUUCAGUCUGGCAAAGUUCUGAACUAACUUACAAAGUGAAUAAUAAUUAAUUUGAUUAUACUAUAUGCAAUUGACACAGAAUGUGUGCAUAGGAUGUUAAUUGUGGUUUAAAAGUGCUGUAAGUGAUUUUUAUGGCUGUUGUUAAAGCCAUGUCUCCACUGUUAUGUGACUAGUGACGACUAGUGACUUCUGAAGCAAGCAUCAUUUUAUCUGACCAAUCAUUUUGCAGGGUGCUGUCAUAGAGUCAGGUCACCAAUUUCAGUUAUACUUGUCAGGUAUUAUAAAUGUUUAUGUGUGCGUAUUUAAAAGACAUCACUUGCAGCACUUUAACAUUUUUAUGCAAGGAUUUGUAAAAGAGUGAUGCUUUUUUAUGAUUGUUAAUAUGGUUGUCUUCUCCAUGGUUGUUCAUUUAACAGCUUUUAUUUGGCAAGAGUUUUGUUCUGUUUUAACUGUGUGAGUGAACUUCAUGGAACGUUUCCUGUAUUUUUAACAGCCCCUGUGCAGUCAUUACCUCCCUUCUAUGGACUUU